AGUGCGAAGUCUUUUUCCGUCUUUGCACGCUUCGCGCUCUUCUUUUGAAGCGCUUAGCGCUUCAUUUCAAGAUGAGCUUGCGGCAUGUGAAGAAACGAUGCUCCGUGGUACACUGCGACAGCGUGGAUAGUACCAUUGGUGUCACGCUACACCGAUUCCCGCUGGACUUUCACAGGUGCCGAGCGUGGGCGCAGUUCUGCCGCAAUGUCAGCCUGGAGAAGGCGCCGUCGCAGCUACGAGAACUCAGGAUUUGCUCGAGGCACUUCGAACCAUCUGUGUAUCUGCCGUCAGGAAGGCUGCGACACGAUGCUUUGCCUACUCGAGCAAGCAUUGCCGACACCUCAAGCGAAUGCAGCAGCGACAUGGACUGUUCACAAUCUCUGAGCGAAACUUCGGCAUCAGUGCGCCGGGCUGGAGAACCAGAUGCAGAUGGUGCCAGCCUUACUGGUUCUACGCUGAACCAAGCUUGUUCCCACGCCAGUGGCUUCAUAAUGGUUCAGUGUAAGUGUUAA